GGUCAUGCUAGCUAACGGAAUUGCUGCACCUGCACAUGAAAACAACAGACAUGCGUGCAUUAUAGAUCAUUGUUGCAGCUCAAGUUUUAAAUGCAAUAUAUACAAACAUUUUAAAAUAUACGUUUGAAUGUCUUAAUUUGGUUAGCAUCUUUGAUGUCAUUAACUUCUUCUGGAACUCUCUGAGUGUGUGUGCAAGGUGUUUGAUAAGAGGUUGUGCGCCCACAUGGGCAGUGUUCUGGCUUUGUCAUCCAGUCCGGGCCGUCAGAACUGGCCUUUCUCCACGGACCCCCCUCCUUCUCACUGGGACGCACACCCUGCUCACUGGGACAGUCCGCCACGCUGGGAGAGGAGAGAUGGCCGCCUACCCAACCCAGGCAGCUUUCACUCUCUCCACAGGAGCUGCAAAGAUGUGUUUCCUCAACAGAUUGAGGGAGUCAAGAUGAUCCUCAAUAAAACUCUGAGCAGCUUCUUCAAGGUCAGUCAUACUCUCCACCUCAGUGCUGUCAGUCCUUCGUACUAUCGUUUCCACGUAGAGCAUCUGCAGUCUGAUGAUUACAGCAAGGACAAGGAUGCACCAGCACUGAUCGGUGAGAUGGAUUCUUCAGGCAGUCUGAAUGCUCACGCUCUGCUGCAUCUCACUGAGCGAGUACGAGCCAGAACAGUGUUCCAGACCCAGCAGUCCCAGUUUGUAACGUGGCAGUUUGAAACUGAGUACAGAGGGAAUGACUUCACUGCUGCUGUGACAGUUGCCAAUCCUGACAUCAUCAGAGAGUCAGUUAUCCUUGUGGCACAUUUCCUUCAGAGUGUGUCUUCUGGGCUGGUUGUAGGAGGGGAGCUGGUUUACCAUCGGGGCAGAGCAGAGGAAGGAGGAAUUCUUACUCUGGCUGGACAGUACUCAAGACCCAACUGGGUGGCGACGCUGAAUGCUGGGAAAGGAGGUGCCCAUGCUAGCUACUAUCAUAGAGCCAACAAACAGAUCCAAGUCGGGGUGGAGUUUGAGGCCAGUACCAGGACACAGGAGACCACAACUUCAUUUGGGUACCAGAUGGAGCUCCCAGAGGCCAACAUGGUCUUUCGAGGUAUGAUAAACAGUCGGUGCAUAAUAGGAGGCGUGUUGGAGAAGCGUUUGACCCCGCUCCCUGCUACCCUGAUUAUGGGGGCCUUUGUAAAUCACCGUGGUGACAAGCUGCAAGUCGGCCUGGGCAUCAACGUGGGAUAAUCGUCCACUAACGUCUGCUGGAGGGACAGCUCGCUGUCAAGACAUCAAUCCAGAGACCUGUUUCAGAGGCAUCAUAAUGGCUGUGACUUCCAGGGUAAAACACUUGAAACACCCGAGUAUCGUGGAUCGUUUGGGUGUUGAAGCUGUACCUCUCAAAAUGGAGCUGAUGUUGUCUGAUUGAAUUAAACAGAUGUGUUUCUGUCCUCUGGAAACCCACCGAGACAACGGACACAGAAAGGGAUCAGCGGCGUCCUGUAAAGUGAAAAUAACUCAAGGUUUUAUACUGUAAGUAGUCAUAAAGAAAUGUAAUUAAUAUAGAUUAUAUUGAAAGAUAAUUGUCUUUCUCAUGUCUUACUCCAUUAACCAUAAUUAUUGUAUACCUGACCUUUCUGCUGACCAUUUUUUAAAGGGAAAACAUUUACUUGUAGAUACAGGAAACACCAAUGACCAAAUUCACCUUAUUCUUUCCCCAUUGGCUUACUUUUUAGUUUUGGAUGAAUCUAAAAAAGAAGUGGUCGGCAGAAAUGUAAAAUCGUUAAAAUCCUGCUCAAAUGCCAGAGGGAUCUUUAAAACUAUGUGUAUGAUUAAGUGAUUGUGUGCACAUCUUGUUUUUGCCAGCAUAUAAAACAGUGUGAGACACCACACAUGAACAAACAGCCUGUUGACUGCAAGAGAAAAGAUGCUGCUCCUUAUGCUAGGCAUUCGAGGCAUUCAAGAGUGGCUGUGCACUGACUCUGUACUGUAUGCAUAUUGAUGAAGGCAUUGAUCUGUAUGCAACCUGCACUACUCACGCUGCUUCUGGGUAUUUCCAGUCCUGUUUAACUUAUGACAUGUUGCUUGAAUAUUAUUUAUACAUUACGUAAUGUAAGCAUAGAAAAAAUGGAAGGGAGUGAUUGUCAUUUUAGACUUAAUUUAUUAAAGAUGUUAUUUCUAACAUAUUUAGUGCUUUUUC